UGCUUCGAUCAAGUGGUCGGUGGAGGACGAAGAACUCCCGCUCCGUUUGAACUGUUUGGACUAGUUUCGGAUUGUUGUUCAUGGUCUUCUCGAGUUGAACUGACCGCAGUUCGGUCUUGCCGCCAUGGACGUGACAGAAACCCGAACGGGAGGUGCCCGUGUACCUGACGCUCUUGCAGAACGCGUGCAGAAGCUGUUCCAGGACUUUUUAGAAGAAUUUGAAGUGGAUGGAAAUCGUCAGUACAUUGAAGAUGUGCAAGAUUUGAUUCGCCCUGAACGCAAUACGCUUACUGUCAGCUUCAGUGACGUGGAAACUCACAAUAGUCAACUGGCUGCUACCAUUGCUGAUGAGUACUACAGAGUCUAUCCAUACCUAUGCCGCGCUGUGCGAAACUUUGCACGUGACCGUGGGCAAAUUCCGCCGCACAAGGAGUUUUUCGUUAGCUUUGAGGACGUCGCUGCAAGGAACAAGAUACGGGACCUAACGACGGCUAAAAUUGGCAGCUUGCUGCGGAUCAGCGGGCAAGUGGUGCGAACGCAUCCCGUGCACCCUGAGCUCGUCAAUGGCAGUUUCAUCUGCCUGGAAUGCCAGACGGUCAUCAAGGAUGUCGAGCAGCAGUUUAAGUUCACGCAGCCGACCAUUUGCACCAACCCGGUGUGCCAGAACCGCGUGCGCUUCAUGCUGGACGUCAGCUCUUCCAGCUUUGUCGACUUCCAGAAGGUGCGCAUCCAGGAGACCCAGGCGGAACUGCCCCGCGGCAGUGUGCCGAGAAGCUUGGAGAUUAUCUUACAUGCUGAGGCAGUAGAAUCAGCACAAGCCGGUGACAAGUGCGAUUUCACCGGGACGCUGAUUGUCGUUCCCGAUGUCACGCAGAUCAAUCUUCCAGGAGCCGCUGCUCAGACCGCGGGAAAGGGCCGCAAUGCCACUGGCCCGAUGGAGGGAGUUACCGGACUCAAAUCGCUUGGCGUGCGUGAUCUGACUUAUCGCAUGGUGUUCAUGGCGUGCUCUGUGACCCAGACCAAGCCGCAGUUUGGUGGCAAAGAAAUGCUUGGGGAGGAGCUAUCGGCGGAAGCAAUUCGCCGCCACAUGACCGACGCUGAAUGGAGAAAACUGUACAGCAUGAGCAGAGAUCGCAAUCUCUAUCAGAACCUUGUCAACAGCCUGUUCCCGUCCAUUCACGGUAAUGACGAGGUCAAGCGUGGUGUGCUGCUCAUGCUGUUCGGCGGUAUACCCAAGAACACCCAGGAAGGCACGAAACUUCGUGGAGAUAUCAACGUCUGCAUCGUGGGUGACCCCAGUACGGCAAAGAGUCAAAUUCUGAAGCAAGUGGAGCAGUUCAGUCCGCGCGCAGUCUACACGUCCGGUAAAGCCUCCACUGCAGCCGGUCUGACUGCGGCCGUGGUCAAAGACGAGGAGUCUCACGAGUUUGUCAUCGAAGCUGGUGCAUUGAUGUUGGCGGAUAAUGGUGUUUGCUGCAUUGAUGAAUUUGACAAGAUGGACCUCAAGGACCAGGUUGCCAUUCACGAAGCUAUGGAACAGCAAACCAUUUCCAUCACCAAGGCCGGUGUUAAGGCCACCCUGAAUGCCCGGACAUCCAUCCUGGCUGCGGCAAACCCUGUGGGUGGACACUACGAUCGCUCCAAAUCCCUCAAACACAACAUUGCGCUUUCGGCUCCCAUCAUGUCCCGAUUCGAUCUCUUCUUCAUCCUGGUUGACGACUGCAAUGAGGUCACAGACUAUGCCAUAGCUCAGCGUAUUGUCGACCUGCAUACUCGUGAAACACAGGCUGUGGAGCGAAUAUAUGCAUUGGAUGACAUAAGACGCUAUAUUCUCUUCGCUCGUCAGUUCAAACCAAAGAUUAGCAAGGAAAGCCAGGACUUCAUGGUUGAGGAGUACUGUCGCCUGCGGCAACGUGACUCCGGUGGCACGAAGUCGUCGUGGAGGAUAACAGUGCGUCAGCUUGAGAGUUUGAUCCGUCUGUCCGAGGCCAUGGCAAGGAUGUACUGCUCUGAUGAGGUGCUCCCGAAGCAUGUGAAAGAAGCGUUCCGUCUGCUGAACAAAUCCAUCAUAAGGGUUGAGACGCCGGACAUUCAUUUCGAUGAGGAUGUCGAGGAACAGCUGCAGAGUGAAGAUCAACCCGAAGAUGUUAACGGUGGUGAGCCGGCGGCGGCAGCGCCUGAAGACUCGUCGCAGGUGCCAGCUUCUAGCACCACCGGCAGCUCUCAGUCGCAAGUCCGCAUGUCCUUUGAGGAGUACCGCUCGAUCGCCAACGUUCUGGUGAUGCAGCUGAGACGGCUCGAGACAAAGUCUGAUGGUGGUGAGACAAUGAAGAGAUCUGCGCUUGUAGGCUGGUAUUUGUCCGAAGUAGUCGGUGAAGAGCUGGACUCUGAGCAGGAGCUUGCCAAGCGCAAGUUCCUUGUUGAACGUGUUAUCGAACGUCUCAUCAAGCAUGACAACGUUCUUCUCUCCAUACGCCCAGAGGAGAGUAGCGAGGAGGAUGAGGAUCCUGUUCUAGUUGUUCAUCCUAAUUUCGUCGUGGCCGAGUAGCGACAGUUACUGGUGUGACGUGACGCUGCUUUGAUCCGAACGGCUUGCUUCUGCUUGUACAAAGGCUGUAGGCUGAAUAAUGCCAGCACCGAUUGUGUUGGCUAGCUGCCCUUUUUCCAUAUACAUAUGUUUACUCUUCACAUGAUUUCAACAGAAAAGUUUUUUAUGUCGUUGGCAUGUUUUGUGGCUCGUUUCAUGCGUACUGAAAUGCAAUGGCUGGUCUUAUGGUCUUCCCUUCCCCCUCCAGCUGAGUUUCAAUCUGCUCUUUGUUUUACUUUGUUUUUAGUUCACUUGAGUGUCACUAGGUGAAUGGUGGGUGUAUGUUGUGCAGGCUGUCUCUUGACGGCCAUGCUGAGUUUUCUUCACGUCCAAUGUUUCAGCUCUGUUCUCUUUCUUUUCUGUUGUGGCUUGCCCUGGCUCACACGCCCACCCCCAAUGGUGUCUUUUUUUUACUGCUUGCAUUUGUUGCAGUAUGUAAGGAAGCUGUACGUAUCUGCAGAUAA